AUGCAUUGGCAAAAGAUUGGUACAACUACUUUAAAGGGCUUAGCACUUCUCCAGAUUAUGACAGGUGUUUCACCUGUUCAAGGUCUUGCCAACGGCAUUGCAAGGCUUCCAGGUGAAUUGCAACGUUGCUGUUGCGACAUCGACGAAGACCUCAUCCUCACCACCGCAAAGCUAAUGAAAUCGCUUGGUCUUCAAGAUGCUGGUUACACGUACGUUAAUCUUGAUGAUUGUUGGGCUGAAAAGAAUAGGACAUCAGCUGAUCGAGUACGAUUCAAGAGCGGAAUGAAGAAUCUCACCACCCAGAUUCGAAGACUUGGAUUCGACUCGGGAUGGUUCACUUGCGCAGGGUACCCUGGUUCGUUCGAGCAUGAACAGCAAGAUGCUCAGACAUUUUUCGUUGAUUGGGGCUUUGAUUAUCUGAAAUUCGACAAUUGCGCUAAAUACCAGCGCAUGGCAGACGCGAUAAAUGCGGUUUCGCAGCAGUCACAUGUCCAGAUCGUUUAUUCGUUGUGUGAAUGGGGCUGGGUCUGUGAUAUUAUGUGGGGAGCUAGUAUGGCGCAUAGUUGGCGUACCACUGGUGACAUUGGUCCCAACUGGGCGUCCUUGACCAAUAUCAUCAAUUUCAACUCCUUCAUCACCCAAGCGACGGGCUUUUAUGGUCGAAAUGAUUUGGACAUGGUGAGCUCAUCUUGCAAUGGCGGCCUGACCUACGAUGAGGCAAAGUCCCACUUCACCGCUUGGGCGCUCAUGAAGUCCCCGCUCCUAAUCGGCACCAACUUGUCCGCCAUCACUGACGAUAUACUGGGCAUUCUGAAGAACCGAGAAAUCCUCGCGAUUAACCAGGACCCUGUCAAAGGAUCCAGUAUCUCACCCUUUCGAUGGGGAAUCAAUCCGGAUUGGACCAGUAAUUCGACAUAUCCUGCGCAAUAUUGGAGCGGACCGAGUCAGAAUGGAACUGUGUUCAUGUUGGCGCGUCGGAUUUGA